UACUGUACUCACUCUCCAGCCAGAGCAGAGUAAGACCACAAACCACCGUCCACAUGGCUACCACCUUCUCCAGCGGCAGCUUCAUUUCCAGCAGGUCCUCAAUGGGCUCCUCACGCUUCUCUUCUUCAGGUGGAGGAGGUGGCCACAUCAGCGCCAUGAGGGCUGGCAGCGUGUAUGGAGGCGCAGGAGGUUCAGGGGUCCGUAACUCAAGUGCCUCUCGCUCCAUGGCCUCAGCAGGCUCAGGAAGCGGCUUUGGCUUUGGAGGUGGAUUUGGUGCUGGAGGAGGCGCUGGUGGAGGAUUCGGUGGGGGAUUUGUUGGUGCUGCAUCUGGAGGAGGAUUCGGCGUCAGUGGAGGAGCGGAUGACAGCAUCAUUGGCAACGAGAAGUUCACCAUGCAGAAUCUCAACGACCGUCUGGCUGCUUACCUGGAGAAGGUCCGCUCCCUUGAAAAAGCCAAUGCUGACCUCGAGCUGAAGAUAUGCCAAUUUCUUGAAACCAGAAUCUCUCCUACUGGUACUGCUCGUAACCACUCUGCCUUCGAAGCUACUAUCGGUGACCUCCAGGCUAAAAUCCUGAGCACCAUGCAGGAAAAGAACACAGUCCACCUCAGCAUUGACAAUGCCAGCUUGACUGCAGAUGACUUCAGAAUGAAAUAUGAGAACGAGCUGGCAAUGCGUCAGUCUGUGGAGGCAGACAUUGCAGGGUUAAAGACCGUGCUUAGUGAGCUCAAUAUGAGUCAUAAAGACCUCAACCUGCAGAUCGAAGGGCUCACUGAGGAGCUGGUCUACAUGAAGAAGAAUCAUGAGGAGGACCUCUUGACCUCACGCGAUCAGAUGAGUGGACAGGUCAAUGUGGAGGUUGAUGCAGCACCACAGGAAGACCUGACCAAAAUUCUAGCUGAGAUGCGUGAGCACUACGAGACUGUUGUAUCCAAGAGCCGGAGAGACCUUGAAGGCUGGUUCCAGCAGAAGUCUGAGACCUUGAAACAAGAGGUUGCAACAAGCACAGAGACCUUACAGACUUCGAAAACUGAGGUCAACACCGUGAAGAGCACAGUACAGUCACUGGAGAUUGAGCUUCAGUCUCUCCUUGCCAUGAAUUCAUCCAUGGAAGGCACCCUGAGCGAGACUCAGAAUCGCUACGCCCUGCAGCUGUCCGGAUACCAGGCACAGGUGAGUGGAAUGGAGGGUCAAUUGGUGCAGCUUCGUGCCGAUCUGGAGCGCCAGAGUCAAGAGUACCAGAUGCUUCUGGACAUCAAGACCAGACUGGAACUGGAGAUUGCAGAGUACAGGAGACUGCUGGAUGCAGAAGCCAGCGGCAGCCUCACAAUCUCUGGCUCUGGCUCCAGCUCCUCCUCCAGCUCGAUCACUACCACCAAAUCAGCAGUGAUCACUGUGGUGGAAGAGGUGGUUGAUGGUGGGAUGGUGGUUUCUUCCUCUUCAACAUCCCUUGUUAAGUGAAGCCCACCAGACUUGUGUUGGUUGGAGAACAGACCUUUAGCUCCGCUCAUGCUGUCAGAAUAUGGUGGUCGUCUUUGAGCAUUUACAACAAUAAAACUGAUGUUAAAGACAAA